AGUCAACACUUUAAGGAGCACUUAUAAAUUAGAGAAGCUAUCACCCCUUUCUUUUUGCAUUUGCAAACUCCGAGGAACGCCCACAAAUCCUCUUCUUCUCUGGGUUUCUUCUUCUCCUCUCCUCUCUUAUUAUCAACCAAUCAAAACUAAACACGCCCUUCAAUCUUUGUCUCGCCUACCAUUGAAAUUCAAAUCACUUUAAUACCAACAAAUCAACUCAUAAACGACCAAAUUUGAUUAAUUACAGAGGCUAAAACCAAUGAGAACAGAGACGAAAAAAAUGUCCAAGUCGGCGUGGCCUAAAAUAGUUGCCCGGAAAUGGCUAAAUAUACAAAGUGGAGCAGACGAGUUUCAUUCCGAUUAUGUAAGAACCGGUAGAACUGAGAGAAGAAAAAGCUGCUCAGAUGAAGAUUAUUACGUCGUCGUACCGGAAGAUUUUUCAGAGGGGUGGUUGAUGGAAGGUGGUAAUGGAAUUAAAAGGUCUAGAAUGGAGACGGAGACACCAGCUGCCUGUGAUUCUCUGAAUCUAAGGAUGUUUGUGGGGACAUGGAAUGUUGGAGGAAAAUCUCCUGAUGAUGCCUUCAACUUGACACAGUUGCUUAGCUCUCCUUCUCCUGCUGACAUCUAUGUUCUUGGGUUCCAGGAAAUUGUGCCCCUGAAUGCAGGGAACGUGCUAGGGGCAGAGGACAAUGGCCCAGCAAAGAAGUGGCUGUCCUUAAUCAGACAGACACUCAACCAUGCCACUGAACACAGACAUUCAUCUCCACUACAGCCUGACCCACAAUCUCCCAUGAAACCAAGGCUCAGCUUCUCAGACUUGCUCUCAUUAGAAGAUGAACUCGGCAAUGAGGAUUUUGAAAGACUAUCAAAUUUACAUUCUAAUUUAAGCUCUGGAGAAGAAUGUUCGCCUUAUCGCAGUCCAGUCUCGAAACGCUAUUGCUUAGCAGCUAGCAAGCAGAUGGUUGGGAUCUUCUUAUGCGUGUGGGUUCGAUCUGAUCUCUUUAAACAUAUCACCAAUUUGAAAGUCUCGUGCGUUGGUCGCGGCAUUAUGGGUUACCUUGGCAAUAAGGGGUCAAUUUCGAUUAGUAUGACAGUGCACCGGACAUCAUUCUGCUUCGUUUGCACGCACUUGACUUCGGGAGAAAAAGAGGGCGAUGGAGUCAGAAGAAAUCUGGAUGUCUCUGAAAUAUUAAAGAAAACUAAGUUUUCUUAUUCUUAUAGACAACCUGGUCAACCAUUUCCUCCUGAAAGCAUAUUAGAUCAUGACAAGAUUAUUUGGCUCGGGGAUUUGAAUUAUCGGCUAGCAGUCGGCUGUGGAGACACUCACGAGCUUUUAAAAAGGCAUGAUUGGCAAGCGCUUCUAGAGAAAGAUCAGCUAAAGAUAGAGCAAAGAGCCGGUCGGGUGUUCAAAGGAUGGGAAGAAGGAAGGAUUUACUUUGCUCCGACCUACAAGUACCUUACAAAUUCCGAUGAUUACGUUGUCCAAACAUCUAAAUCUAAAGAGAAACGCCGUACUCCGGCUUGGUGCGACCGGAUACUUUGGAAAGGUGAGGGUUUAAAACAGAUGUGGUAUCUAAGAGGAGAGUCCAGAUUUUCAGACCAUAGACCUGUUUAUUCACUAUUCUCAGUUAAAGUCAAUAAAAGCAACAAAUCCAAUGCUAGAUCUUACCCCGCAAGAUCUUCAACAUACAUGGCUAAAGUCCAAGCAGAGGAACUCUUAAUAAUUCCUAGAGUACACAGCUGCAUUAACACUGCCCCGAGGUUCAAAUAAUCAAAAUUAUACAAAAUUAUGCAUCACAAUAGUAAAACAAAUUGCCAUCGACUCCGGCAUUUUAUCGGAAAUGGAUUGGCGUGUGGUGGAAGCAAGGUUUGUGGUUUUCAUGAUUGGGCUGCCUUAUUGUUGGCUAAGUAGCACGGACACUGCAUUCAACCAAGUUUUUCUGCUUGGAAAACUUGACGUUUGAGACAUAAAACUUCGUUUUCAACAUAGAAAGUCUUAAAAUAAUAUUGUGUCUGUCCUGUUUCCAUAUCAGUGUCCGUGCUACGUAGAUUUUUGGAGAUGUGGAUGAACUGAUAGGACAUGACAAAUGUAGAUAUAAGUAGUGAUUUUUGACAACAGAAUGAAGCAUGACGAAGAGAAGAAAAUUCAAUUUUUUUUACUUGUUCUUAUUGUUAGAUAUUUUUAAUUUUAAAUGUAGAAAUAAGAAUGGGAAAAUUGGUGUAAAAUGUCUUGAGAGACUGUAAGUCUGUAAGUAAAGUUUUUUGCUCUCAUGAGACGCCCCUUUGUUUUGCUCUCAUUAUAACCGUGCAUGCAUCUCAUAAGGCCAUA